UGGAAGCAGUGGUGGAGUUUGACUAUGAGGCUCAGCAGGAAGAUGAGUUGAGCCUGACGGUGGGCGACAUCAUCACAAACAUACGGCGGGACGAUGGCGGCUGGUGGGAGGGUGAGCUUGGUGGACGCAGAGGCCUUUUCCCCGAUAACUUUGUUAGGGAGAUAAAAAAAGAGGGAAAGAGGGAAGGAGGACAUGUGAACACAAUCAAGCUAGAGCUUUCCAAUGGCACCACCAGCCCCAUGUCGGACCAAAGCAUACGCCCUGGAAAAAAAGGGGAACAGAUCCGGAAGCGCCGGUGCAAAGCUGCUUUCAGCUACGCACCUCAACAUGAAGACGAACUGGAGCUGAAAGUUGGUGAUGUGAUUGAAAUUGUUACAGAGGUGGAGGAGGGCUGGUGGGAGGGGGUCCUUCAUGGGAAGACGGGGAUGUUCCCCUCCAACUUCACCAGAGAGAUAACAGCAGAGUCCGACACGCCUUCAGCUGACACGCCCACCUCACAGGACGAACGGCGCAGCCAGACCAGUAAGGACAGCCCCAGCAGUGAAAGUGAUGGAGGUGACAGCCGGUCAGAAUCUGGGUCAGAAAUCCAUCCCAAGAAGGUCAAAGGCUUCGGCUUCGGGGACAUCUUCAAGGACCAACAGAUCAAGCUAAGACCUCGAUCCAUAGACGUGGACUCGGAGGGAGUCAAAGUGGCAGAAGGAAAAGCUCAGAGUGUUGCAGCUGAAACCAUGAAGACUGAGCCUGAGACCAAAACCAAAGGGCGGGAGCAGUGCAAAGUGCUUUUUCCAUAUGAAGCUCAAAAUGAAGACGAGCUGACCCUGAAAGAGGGAGAGAUCAUCAACAUCAUCACCAAGGACUGUGCCGACGCCGGCUGGUGGAUGGGGGAGUUUGGAGGAAAGCAAGGCGUUUUCCCAGACAACUUUGUGAAGCUGAUAGAAGCUGAGAAAGAGAGACCAAAGAAACCGCCUCCUCCCACCGCACCAUCCGCCAAGCACUCCAUGGAGAAAAAAAGUGAAGUGAAGAAGGCUCCCCCUGAGCGGCCCGAACACCUGCCGCAAAGAGACCCAGAUCGAGGUGAAGAGAUGAAGGUUGGAGAUAUCCCAAAGCCCUCCCUUCCAUCUUUCCUCUCCAAGAAAUCUCUCCCCACCAAGUCGAGCUGCUCCUCUUCCUCCCAUCCUCCACGGCGCCCUGAGAGACCGCCAUCACUGGCGUGUGAAACCCCCAAAUCUGAGGGUGGGGCUUCAACCCCAGAUUCUGGCCCUGACAGGCUACAUGACACCGCUGUAGACCUGGAUGCAGUUGUCCUGACUACGGAAAAGCUGAGUCACCCAACGGCAUCGAGACCAAGAGUUACCGACCGCCGGCCGCGCUCACAGGUCAUCUCAGCUUCCUCCAUGUCCAGCAUAGACCUGGGCUCCCCCUCAGUGGAGGACAGAAAGGACCGAGUGAAGGAGGAGCAGGAGUCCAUCUCCCACAAACCUCUGGACGGUUCCCUGAGGAAAGGUGUCCCAGUCAUCCCUCUGAUGCCAACAGGACCUGAUGGUAAACUGGCACCCUCCAAGCCCUCCAUCCUGACCCCUCCCAGCUCCAGCCAUCGUCCCGUCUCUCCGUCUUCCUCCAUGGGUGCGAGCCCUUCUCCGGAGCGCCGGCACUCCCCUCUGACGCCACUGACGCUGGAGGAACUCAGGCAUCAGCUGAAAGACUUAAGAGCCUCCAUCGAUUUGCUAAAGAUUCAGCACAGGCAGGAGAUGAAAGAGCUGACCAACGCUCUGGACGAGGAGAAGAGAAUGCGACUUAGUUUACAGGUGGAGGUAGAUCACAUAAAGAAGAGCUUGUCCAAAUGAGGACCAAAGCAUCCACGUUUUAAAGUGUUCUCACUGUCGGUUUUGACACUUUAGCCAAAAGUUUGUGCCAAAUGAUCAUCAGGAAGAGCAGAUGUUUGGCACCAUGGAGUGGGUCACCUUCUCCCCUUGUGAUGCCGCCUUAUCCAGUCUCAACUUCUUCAUUUCUCCUCUAAAGAAGCUCAGUUUUGGGUUUUCUGCUUUGUCUCCGGGGCUUGCUGUCACUGGUGCUGAUGGACCCGGCUUCCUCCUGUGUGUCGUGACGGUCACAGAAAAAGAACAGAGCCACAGCAACAUGGCUGGUACUAGAAGAGGGUGGAGAUGACCUUCCGAUGACCUCUGUGCUGCUCUAAGUCCACUCUGCGGCCUUCACUUCCUGUCCGUGUGUGUGUGAGUGUUUGCUUUCCUGCCUUGUGAGGACUCAAAAUGGGGACAUUCAGAAAACUAUUUUCAAUACAUUUUGUUUCCGUUGUGGGACUUUUCUUGGGACUGGAUGUGUUUUCCAACAGAACUAAAUAGGAUUUAUGAAGAUAGAAAGGCUACUUUUAAGUUUUUGCUUAUUCAGACCAGCUUAUAUUUGUUCCAUAAAUAUGAGGAAAUGUCGAUAAUUUCUUUAUUCAACAUUCUUUUGCAGGAGACUUUAGGUGGUCUGAAUAAAUCUUCAGUUUCUUGGAAAAUGAUGGAAAUGUAGGAAUAGAAAACUUCCAAGUUUUCUGAAGUACUUACUGAAGUACUCACUGCAAAGUACUGCUACUACAGCUACAAAGAGCUCUUUUAAUAGAAUCUACUGAGAGUGAAGUAGACCUUUCUACAUCACAUCAGCAUAUAGAGUUUCUGUCACCUAAUGUCUCUUUUUAAAAAGUCUCUCUGUGUUGAAACCAAACUAACACUUUAUCAAUCCCAGGGGAAACUGGUGCCAGCCUUUUCCCAUGAACACAGUCUUAUCACGUGUCUGCAUCUUUAAGCCUCAGAAUGUAGCAGGCGAUGCUCACCAUCAAGAAGAACACAGACCAGGUUUAGGAAAGUUACAAAGAUGAUAUAGAAAAGAGUUUUGCAUGACGUGUUUUCGGUGCUUGUCACUGUUGUUUAAAAAAAAAGAGAGAAAUCCAUAAGUUAUGUUAGGAAUCGAUGUAGCCUAGAAUGUUAGCUCUAUGUUCCUAAGGUGCAAAACUUCUUCUUACCUCCUUUUUCCUGUCAUUGUUUUUAGCUUUCACUCACAAACACAUUUGAUUCUGUUUAUUGAAAUAGCAAAGACAUUUCAAGCAGUUGCUGCUAAUGGAAGAAAAAGUCUGGUUAAAAAAUGGUAGAAGUAAGUAAAAAUAGAUUAGGAUAAAAGCAACAACAGAAUAAACUUCAAUUACAGACUUGAUUUCAAAUCUAAACAGGUUGAUUUUAGUGACAUUGAUUAAGUGAUCUAUCGAGGGAUUGAUGUUGUGGUUCUUUCUUAACUGCACACAGUCUUUUCUACUGAGUAGAACGCAAAACUUGCAUCAUUUUCUGCAAGAGUUUCUAGCGUUGAUUUGCAAAUUUAAAUUCUGAAUAAUAUUUCAACCUUUAGUGUUAAUUUGUGCUGACCCACUUUGGUUGUUCAGAGUUCCUGCAUAUUUUUGCAGAUGUCAUAGAAGGGUGAAUGAAGGAAUCAAGUGCCUUUAGAACAUCAGUGAAACGGCUGCAGCAUGUUUGAAGGAAAGCUGGAGAUGGUUUAGUUUCUACCUGAAUGGAAAUGUGAGCUGCGGUCAGACCGUCUUUGUUUGUGGGUUUACCUUUCUCAGUGUUUCUGCUACAUCAUAAACAUACAGACAGGAAAGAAGCUCCUGCUGAUGUGAGAGCGUCAUCUAAUCUUGGCAGCAACCCGUUUUUGUUUAUCAUUUAUGACAAAAUUGAUGUUUUUGAUGUAUUCUAAUGAUAAGGACAAAGGGGGUAUUUAAGGCUUACAAGCACAGAAUCACAACAGAACCAUGACUAUCACACCUCCAACAUUGACCUUUGGUUGGAUACUUCUUUGGCUGAGUUCAUUUGUACUUCAAACACUGUUUUUUAUGUCAUUUGAAGGGUUAAUUUACCAAAAUCUUUGUUUUUAUCUGAAAGUUCUUCAUCAGCUCUUCCAUCAUUUCUUGGAAUCUUUGAUUUAAGAGACAUUGUCUUCUUUUAGCGUGUGAAGUUUAGAUAUGUUCCAGUACCAUGUGGGGAUGUGGUUUAGGUUCUGCUCAGAUGGAUUUUGACUGUCAGCCUGAUAAUGAGAACUUCUUUCAAAGGACAUCUUGGACUCAAACAUCAGAUUUCGAGAUUUUUUUAGAUGAUUUGACUCUACUGGUUCUAAAAUGUAAUUUAAAAUUAUUUUUAAAAAUGUUAUCCUGAUUGUAUCUAAUUAUUUGCAUAAGUGGAGUUUUACUAGUUUAAGUGUUCUGUCACUUCACAUCCAUAUUUACUGAGGAACAUGACAGUCUUUUGCAUUUCUGAUGCAAGCAUGGUCCUUUAUAAAUGUGGAGGACAAGUCCCAUUUGAAAAUGUUGUUUUAUGUUUACAUUAUUAGCAUUUUAUUUGCAGCAUAAACAGCACAAACCAUUUCCUGAACUAAACUGAAAACAGUGUGUAAUGUACUGCCUACAUUCAUGCUCUCUCCACGCUUUUAUUUUGAAAUGCCUUCAGCAGAGAUGGACGGUGAUGCCGGUGAAAGUCAGCUUCAUGGAAUGUAGUCAAGUCCUCACUGGUGGAGAUUUCAUCACAUGCAUGUGUGACUGUGUGUUAGCCCCUCCCCUGAAAUGUGCACAGAAUCUCUGGCAUCCUGUCACUGUUGCCUUCCUGUUUUUGAUUCCAAGUCUGCAUUUCUUCUCUUUUCUUCCUGUAUUUGGUAUGACGGAGAAAACUGCAAAGACUGAGGCUGCAAGUGGUUCUUGCCUUUCUGUCCAGGAUUCUGAUAAAUAUAUAUACUUUUAUAUUUUAAUGUAAUAAAGACGCUAUUGUGUACUGUA